CACACUGACAGGACGACACUCCGAUCGCUCCUCCGCCUCGUCAUGAAAAGUUCGGAAUCUUCUUUCAUUUUCGCCAGAUUAGCCCGUUUUAGUGCGCGUAGAAAUUUCGCAAAUUUGGCUAAAUUUCGCAUCAUGGAAUGCCUCUGAGCUCGACGAUGAUCAUCGCGUAAGAGAAACCAGCAGAAUUGUACCACUAAUCGGCAUCGACAGAGAAGGCAGCGAACACUAUCAGCUAUAGCAAAUUGACCGUAAAAACGACAUACGAGCUUAGCUAACGCGCACGGCGGAGGGGCAUCAUUUAUGACUCAGCAGCGGCGGUGGCCCUGAUUAUCAGCAGCUGAAAUGGCCUCCGCGACAGCGGCUUCGGCUGCGUCGGGCGCUCGGGAAAAUGUCGAUCUGGAGUGCUUUCUGGUGACGAAACACUCGUGGAAGGGCAAGUACAAGCGAAUCUUCUCGAUCGGUUCCACCGGCGUUUCCACCUACAAUCUGGACAAGUUCGAUCUCACCAACCGGUGGCAGUACAACGAAGUGGUCAGCGUGCUGCCCAACAAGUCGGGGAAUACCGCGUACGAGUUUGUGCUGAAUCUGCGCAAGGACAAAAAGGUCGACACGAUCAAGCUUUCGUCGGAGUACCGCAGUGAAAUCCUCACCUCACUGUUAAAGUAUUACAAGGAAUUUUCCGACAAACCAAAGCAUAUUACGAAAUUUGACGCCUUCAAGCACCACUGGUCGGGCACGACGCUGCCAACGGUGCUGGAAGUGACACCCUGUUCGUUGGAUCAACUUGACCCCACAACCAACACCGUACUGGCCAGUUACAACUACAAGGACAUCGACGGCAUCAUCGGCAUCCAGGACUACAGCAAUGGGAUCGUGCUGGCGUACGGUGGCCACAGCCGGCUGCAUCUGUUCCGGGUCGCGAACCAUCUUGACGUGGUGCAGAUGAUUGUGACCAACGCCCAGCAGAACCUGGGGAUUGAGAUUAAGGUGCUGAAGAACCAGAUCUCGAUCGAUCAGUUCGAGCGGGAGCGGUUCGGGAAAUUUAGUGGCGAUCAGCACCAGACUUCGCUGUCGGAGUUUAUGGUGCAAAAAAUUACACCCCGUCACUCGGAGCCGAUGCGGAGGAUUCUGUGCCUCACGGAUACGACUAUUUUGGAGCGCGAUCCGCAGACGUACAGUGUGUGCACGUUGCGUCCGCUGGGGGAAAUUUUUGCCCUCAUCCGGUGCGAUGAUAAUAUUCAGAAAUUCUCGAUCGAGUACAAGAACGGGUUGACGAGGUCGUAUCUGACGAAUGAUCGUGACUCGCUGCUGGCCACGUUGCUGGAUUCGGUGCGUUCGUGUGGCAACCAGGACGUGCACGUGCGCAUCACUAGAACGCCGCGUGGCAAGCGGGUCGGUCCGCUGACGGCACCCGUGGACGAGGAGUCGGAGGCGAUCCUGCUGAAGUACAUCAUCAACUGUUACCAGUACCCGGUGAAGCGGUUCGACGUGCUCGAGCGCUUCAACGCGAACGUUCCGUACAGCGGCCUGAACUACAGCGUCACGCAGGAGAGCUUGUUUUCCGAAAACAAAGAACGACUCAUUGGUGGUGCGUUGCAGGCCUUGGUCGGUGCCGGGAAGGAAGACUUGAACCAGCUCAACAACGUUGAUCUGGAGGCGUCUUUCCACGUGCUGCGACGAUUGCUGGCCAGUAAAGUGGGCUUUGCGGCCUUCACCAACCAGCCGGGGUUCCGGGAGGCCAUCGGGCUGCGCGUGGUUCACGCCCUGAAGCGUAAUAAUCUGGCCGUGACGUACGCCUCGAUCGACAUGAUCAACGCCCUGAUGCAUCCAAUGCACGCCGAGUACGACCUCAAGCAAGAGCAAAUGAACAAAUCGUCGCUGUUGCACUCCAAGGGCUUUUUGGAGCAGUUGUUGGACAUGUGGACGAAGCACGUAAAUCUCGGCUCGGGGGCGCUGGUUCUGUCGGCCAUGCUGGACUUUCUCACGUUUGCCCUGUGCGUUCCGUACAGUGAAACUACCGACGGGAAGCAGUUUGACAUGCUGCUGGAGAUGGUGGCGACCCGUGGCCGGACACUGUACAAGCUGUUCCAGCAUCCGUCGCUGGCCAUCGUCAAGGGUAGUGGGCUAGUUAUGCGGGCGUUGAUCGAGGAAGGCGACACGGCGAUCUCCAACCAAAUGCAAACGUUAGCGCUCGACGAGGCCGCACUGUGCCAUCACCUGCUGGUGGCGCUGUACACGCCGUCGCACGACACCACCAUGGCCACCCAUCGGCAGCUGUCGCGACAUCUGGUGGGACUGUGGAUAACCGACAGCAAGGAAGCACUGAACCUGCUGAAGAGAAUUUUCCCGGCCGGUUUGCUGUCGUUCCUGGAGAGCGAAGAUCCCGUCCCCAAGGAGGACGUGGAGGAAGACAAACUGAACUUCCGGGACAACCUGAAGCUCGCGGUGCAACAUUCCAGCAAGAACAAACGACUCAACUAUCUGCUCGAGAAGCACCUCGAAGGCAUCAAGCACUGGGGCCUGAAUCUGAUCGACCGCCAGGAAAAGAUCCAGCAGUCGCAGAAGAACCGACCGAUCGUGCUGCGUAACCGGCGCCAGAAAAAGAAAACCGGCAACGAGGUGAUCAACCUGCCGCUAUUUUUCUACCAGUUCAACAAGAACCACGCGAUGCCGAACCUGAUCUGGAAUCUCAAAACGCGCGAGGAGCUGCGGGCGGCACUGGAGAACGAAAUCCGGCAGUUUAACGCGGACAAGGAUCUGGCUGGGAGCAUGCUGGUGGCGUGGAACUACGAGGAGUUUGAAGUGCACUACCAGUGUCUGGCGGACGAGAUCAAGAUCGGGGACUACUACAUCCGGCUGCUGCUGGAGCGGGACGACUGGCCGCAGAAUCUGGUGAAGAAUCCCAUUGAGCUGUUCAACGCGUUGUAUCGAAGGGUGUUGUGCCGGAACCGGUUAAACGACGAUCAGCUGACGGUGACUUCGCUGCAAGCGCUGGCCAAGGUGUACAAACGGUACUACGAGGAGAUUGGAUAUUUUAGCGAUAUGACGUACAUUCUGCAAAUGUUGGAUCGGUGCCUUUCGCCAGCGCUCCGCGACGCACUGAUCGGGCUGGUGAAGAACCUCGUGCUCCACAAAUCAAACUGCCGUCCACUGGUAGACCACGUCAACUGCCUUGUAGAUCUGGUGACGCUGGCGCACCUGCACACGGGCCGUGCCAUACCCAACACCAAGACGAACGUGAUCGAGGCUGGGCCGAACAUGAAAAUGCACGAAGAGAAGGACUGGUACUACAACGUGGAGCGGGAAAACGAAAAGCCGGAACGGUGCGGUCCGGUGACGUUCUCCGAGCUAAAGGAUCUGUGGCAGAAGGGAGUGCUGACGCCGCGCACACGUUGCUGGGCCGUGGGAAUGGACGGGUGGCGAUCGCUGCAGCAGAUUCCGCAGCUAAAGUGGUGUCUAAUGGCGAAAGGGUCGCCGUUGUACAACGAAACGGAGCUGGCGCAGCACGUGCUGGAUAUUCUGAUCAAGUGCACCAGCUUCUUCCCCAGUCGAGCACGCGAUGGAGAGGCCGUUCUUAUUCCGGGGCCGCGGUUGUCCCGGAAAUUGUCGGAGUUUAUCUGUUUGCCGCACAUCGUGCAGGUUUGUUUGACCCACGAUCCGGGUUUGCUCGAGCGAGUUGCGACGUUGCUGUGUCAAAUCAUGGAAGACAAUCCGGAAAUGUCCAAGGUGUACUUGACGGUGUUUUACUUCAUGUUGAUGUACACCGGAAGUAACAUUUUGCCUAUCGCUCGGUUCCUCAAAAUGACCCACAUGAAGCAGGCGUUCCGCAGCGAAGAAACGACUUCCCAGUCGGGGAUCAUGCACCGGAGCAUUCUCGGUCAGUUGCUGCCGGAGGCGAUGGUUUGCUUCCUGGAGAAUCACAGCGCGGAAAAGUUUGCCGAAACGUUCCUGGGCGAGUUUGACACGCCGGAGGUGAUCUGGAGUUCGGAAAUGCGUCGCAUGUUGAUCGAGAAGAUUUCCGCUCAUAUUGCUGAUUUCACGCCAAAGUUGAAGGGUCACACAAUGGCACGGUAUCCGUACCUGGCCAUUCCGGUGAUCAGCUAUCCGCAGCUGGAGAACGAGCUGUUCUGUCACAUCUUCUACCUGCGGCACUUGUGCGACAUCCGGAAGUUCCCGAACUGGCCCAUUCCGGAUCCGGUGCAACUGUUGAAGCACACGUUGGACGCGUGGCGUAAAGAGGUCGAGAAGAAGCCCUCGCAAAUGACCGUAACGCAGGCCUACCAAGAUCUUGGCAUCGAUCUGGCAAAGCAUCCUCAGCCGGAUGAGUCGCUGAUACGUAAGAGUUACUACCGUCUCGCACAGAUGUAUCAUCCGGACAAAAAUCCAAAGGGAAGGGAAAAGUUCGAACGGGUCAACCAGGCGUACGAGUUCCUGUGUUCGCGACGAAGCAGCAGCGACGGUCCCAACCCGAACAACAUUGUGCUCAUACUGCGCGCGCAGAGCAUCCUGUUUGAUCGGUAUGCCGAAGUGUUGAGACCGUACAAGUACGCCGGCUAUCCACAGCUGAUCAAAACGAUCCGGCUGGAGACGAAGGACGAUCAACUGUUUUCGAAGACCGUGCCACUGCUGAGUGCCGCCUCGGAACUGUGCUACCACACGGUGCACUGUUCUGCCCUCAACGCCGAAGAGCUGCGUCGCGAGGAAGGUAUCGAAGCCCUGCUGGAAGCGUACUCGCGCUGUGUCUCGAUCAUGGGAGUCGAUUCCCAGCGGGACUCGCUGCACUACGAGGUCAUUUCGAACAUUACGCGGUGCUUUGAGGUGGCGUGCUCGUUUGAAAACUGCCGCAAGAAGAUCCUCGAACUGCCGCAGUUGAUUGUGGACGUCUGCCGGGUUGUUUACUUCAAACAUUCGCUGUCGGUGAGCCUGGUAACGAGUUUGGCUGCGAAUAAUUACGAGUUGCAGUGCAAUCUUGUGCGGAAUGGUGUGCUGUGGUCGUUGAUGAUCUUCAUGUUCGACUACGACUACACGCUGGACGAGAGUGGAGUGAGCACGGAAGAAAAGUCCAACACGCAGCAAGUGUCCAACAACUUGGCCAAACUGUCGCUGUUGGCAUGUGUAGCUCUGGCCGGAUAUCACAUCACCCUGUUGGACGAUCCCAAGCAAUCCGUGGUGAAACCCAUUGCCCAAUCAAAUCCCACGUCCAGAAGUGAUUCACCCCAGCAGCAGGUAGCCGCACGGAGCAACUCUCUGUCGCAAACUCAGCCCUACACGCAGAACGCGUCCAACAUCAUCCAGAACAAUUCCAGCCUUAUCCAGUCGGUGACGACCAUUCGACAGGACAAGACAUCCCCCGAGACGCAAUCCGUCGCAUCCGAGUCGGACGAACUGCCAGAAGCCGAGAAGGGACUCAGCAACCGGAAGUACAAAAUAUCCAGCGCACCCGCGGCCAACGUCCCGGUCAAAACCAUGUUGGACGGUCUGUUGACGCCGUUCGUCGCGCACAAGCUCGUCACGGAUGCCGACACGGAAGUGCUGAAGCUGCUCAACUCGAACACGCGCAAUCCGUACCUCAUCUGGGACAACGGAACCCGCGCCCAGCUGAUGGACUUUCUCGAGUUUCAACGCACGAACGCGUCCAAGGAGCAGUACGAAGACGUGGCCGACAUCCUGGAGCUGGUGCGAGCGUUCUCGUUCGAUGCCCACCGGGACGAGCUUAAAAUCGGCGGCAUCUUCAUCCGAAUCUACAACGAAAUGCCCACGUUCCCGAUCAUCAAUCCGAAGACGUUCGUGAUUGAUCUGCUGGAGUUCCUUAAGCAAGCUUACAAUCACCUGUCGGCGAAAAACGUAAAACCCAUUCCUCCGCCGAUGGCAGCGUCACCGGUGGCGGCCACCGUUCCGCCACCCUCCGUCAACAGCCAGGGCAUCCUGAUCCCUACCAAGGCCUGGAAACCUCUAGUCCCCGCCAAGAGCAAUGUCCCAGUGAACAACAAUAACAACAACAACAUUAUCAACAACAAUGCUGGUCAGCAGCAGCAACAAAAGGAUUUCAGUACCGUACUGAGCGAGUACAGCCGAGCAAAGCAACGAAGUCAAUUAAGUGGUGGGAAAGGCGGCGCCGGUAGUGACAACAAGACUUACGACUUUGCGUCCAAUCCGAACGCGAUCAACCACAUCGUGAUGGCGCUGAAGGCGCUGAUAGCGGUCAUCAAGUCCAACAGCAACGUCGAGAUUCAGUGCAUUGGUCACUUUGAGAUGCUGUUUGGGUUCCUGUCGUCGAGUCUGUGCGAUCGGGACAAGGUCCUGAAGUCGCUGGCGCUGGAGGUGGUCUGUCUGGUGUCGCGCAACAAGGAGUGCGUGACGGAGAUUUCGGCGUGCGAGAUCUUUGGGCUGUAUUUGGUGGCGCUGCGAGACAAGGACCUGCGCGAUAUGCAGCUGAAGGUGCUGGAGACACUUUCUGGGUUGUUGAACGUGCCGAAGAUGAUCAAGGAGGGUCACUCGAAGGGGGCCGUCAUCUACUUGCUGGAUCUGUUUGGCAACUCGAACAAUCCGCAGAUCCGGGAGAUGUGCGCGGAACUGCUGUCGAAGAUGAACGCCGACAAGCUCAGUGGACCAAAGAUUCGCAUCACCGUGUGCAAGUAUUUACCGCCAGUAUUCCUAGAUGCCAUGAUCGAUUCGCCGUCGGUGGCGGUCCAGAUGUACGAGUCCACCCACGAGCAUCCGGAGCUGAUCUGGAACGAUCGGAUACGAACGAGCGUGUCGGACGCCGUGCACGACAUGGCGGACAGUUUCUACGCGCAGCAGAAGCGCAACUCCAAAGUGCAGUGGCGUGAUCCCGAGGUGCUGCCGGAGAUCAUCUCCAGCGAGCUGGUCGUGUCCGGCGUGUACCUGCGGCUGUACAUUUCCAACCCGGGUUGGACGCUGCGCAAACCCAAGCAAUUCCUCGCCGAUCUGUUGGACUUUAUCGUGGACAACAUCAGCCGCAACGGGGUCGACAAGAACGUGCUGGACAUUUCCACGACGGCGCUGGUUCUGCUGCUGAACGCUCAGCCCAACCUGGCGGACUCGGUUCCGGUGCUGGGACACAUUCCAAAAUUCUUUCGCCAACUAUCGGUUCAGCCAAAGAGCGCCCUUACGGUGCUGCACCAGCUAUCACUGUCUGAGAUUUGCGUGAGUGCCAUCUCCCAAACCGACUGCAUUCUGUCCCUCAAAUCCUGCAUGGAGAACCACCGCGAGCUUGUGGCCACAACCUGCGAAACGAUGAGCAGACUGUUCAAGUGUCAACACGACUCGCUGAUCCGGCAGGCCCUCGAGUGCCAGCUGAUUCCGUACCUGCUGAACCUGCUCGAGAGCCGCAUCGAGGCCACCAGCAAUCCGGCCAUGGUGAAGGCCCAGAUCGUGGCCGCCCUGAAAGCCAUGACAUCCAACCUGACGUACGGCGACCGGGUCGCGCACAUCCUCAACCAGAACCCGGUAUGGGCCGAAUACCGGGACCAAAAGCACGACCUCUUCAUCACCGACACAAACGUGCGGGGCUAUUUGACGGGCGCUCCCAACACCACCGCAGGCUAUCUGACCCAGGGACCGGCCAAAAAUGUGGAAGUUCUCACCUCACCGCCACCGAUCGAUCGUGACGAUCCACUCUUUAGCCGUACCAGCAGCAACGACUCGUAAACUCACACACCAAUCUCAUCCAGAAUCCACAAACACAAACAAACACUUCAACCAGGGUCGCCAUUUCGUCUAGAGUCGCUGUAGAGUUUUUAUCUAUUUGCUAUAUAAAUGUUGGUGUAAAUGAACUGAACAAAAAACAAUACAAAAAUGAAAAACCAUUACAACUAUCAGAGCGCGGUUGCAGUCGCGUCGCGUGUCGCUGUGUAAGGUAAGCGGGAAGGCAGGAGAAGUAUUUCGAAUGAGAUAUCAUGGAAGGUGAAUUACUUUGUAAUUUACUGUAACGUCAGAAAAAAUAGCUUAUAAAGUAUAACUGCAAAUUAUAUUAAACGAGAUAAUGGAUUUUUAUUAUAUUGUGAUAUUUUUAAAAUAUAAUUUAAAAGAAUAAACAGAAGCAUAAACUAGAAA